CUCCGCCCGCGGCCCCGCGCCCCGCGCCCCGCGGCAGCUCCGAGCGCUGAGGAUCCGCCCCGGGCCGGCUCAUGGGGGUCGUGCAGAGUUUAGUUUCAAGUUUCUUCGAAGGGAAGCCCGCUGUAGGGCCAAGCAUGGUAAUGGAUGAGGUCACUUUGAUGAUCCCCAUCAGUAAAGAUGCCUAUGAAGCUCUUAAGAGAAGAGACAGCUGUCUAAAUGAUCUCCUUUUCAAAAAGUUUGCUUGUACAUUGGCGUUCAGAAAAGCAACAAAAAGCACUGCUGAAGUAUACUGGAAAAAAGUAAGGUCGGGCAUUGACAUUUGUGUUUAUAAGGAUGAUCUCACAAGACACAAGGUCGAUGCUGUGGUGAAUGCAGCCAAUGAGUAUCUUAGCCAUGGAGGUGGUCUUGCUCUUGCCCUUGUAAAUGCUGGAGGGCCAGAAAUAAAAGAGCAAAGCAGGCUUUUUAUUCAAAGGAAUGGAAAAAUCAAAGUUGGCAAUAUAGUAGUGACAGGUGGAGGGAAGCUUCCUUGUAAGGAAAUUAUUCAUGCAGUUGGUCCAGUGUGGAAUCCUUUUGAAAAGGACAGAUGUUGUUACCUGCUUCGGGAAGCUAUUUUGAAUAUUCUGCGAUAUGUUAGUGCUCCAGAAAAAGAUUUAAAGUCUGUGGCUAUCCCAGCAGUGAGUUCAGGUAUCUAUGGCUUCCCAGUUGACUUGUGUUCUCAAGUGAUUGUAAUGGCUGUAAAGGAAUUUGUUGAGUCAAGUCCACCAAGCUGUCUCAAGGAAAUCCGCCUGGUGAACAUUGAAGAAUCUACAGUUGCAGAAAUAAAGAAGGCCUGUGAAAAGUUUCUGAGUGAUACCAGUUCACCUGACAUGGUGUCAGCUUCAACAAACCAGUUUCCAACUUACCUCAUAUGUGGAAGCAUUCGCUUGCGCAUCAUAAGACAAUACCCUGAAAAUCUGAAGAAUACUGCCAUUGUUAACCCCCUGAAUGCAAAGGGUGAGCCUUCCUCUCAAUUUUCAAGACAACUGCUGGAAGAAGAGAACAAAUUUCAGUGUCGUCUUAAAUAUUCAACACGUUUUAAUGACCCCAUGGUAAUCAAAAGGCAUGAGGUGCCCCCUACCUUUGUAAUGCACGUGGCAUUGAAAUACGAACAUCCGGUGUUACAGUGUGAGGAACUGAAGGAGGCAGUGAUAAGAUGUCUGGGCUAUAUUUGGGAUCGGUCAUCUCCCUCAAUUUCUUUUCCAGUAAAUUGGUCACCAGUGCUGCCUGUUGACAUAGUGGCAGAGACCAUGACUGAAGCAGUUUUAAAUUUUGCUAGGGAACAUCCUACAGAGAAGAAAGAAGUGCAGUUCGUCAUUUGCCCAGAUGACAUUAAUGCCUAUGAGGCUGUCCUGAGAAAAUUUCAUUCAGCAAAAUACAAACUGGACAACAGAAGUGAUCCUUUGAAUACAGAGUCAGGCAGUCAGAUUGCAAAACCGACUGCAAGCAGUGAACCUGUGAUUGAACUUAAAGGGAACACACCCACAGCACUGGAAGCAGCAGAACUGUGGCUCCAAAAUGUAAUACAAAUUCAGGAAGGUCGCCAUGCUCGUAUUGAAAACAACUACAUUUUUUGCCUUGGUAAAGAGGAGUUUGCAGAACUCUCUCUCAAGCAGCCUUCUGGUGUAUGUGUGUCAGAAGAAGUGAGAGAUGGACAAGCCAGUCUGAUAUUUCAAGGCCCUCCUGAUGUUUUGAUUGAUGUGGUGCUCGCAACUGAAAAAUUACUGCUUCGUAUGCAGGAGAAGACUAUCAUUGAACAAAAGAAACUGCUCUGCUCAAUGUGCCAACCAGUAGCAGACCAGCUUUCAGCAGGAGGCUUCCACAUGACAAGAACUGCUGACUACAUCCACAUUUCACAAGUAGAAUGUCACCUCCAGGAGUUUAAAGACAGACAGAAAGAGUUUGAAAAAGCUGGACUUCGUGUUCUUCGGAUUGAAAAGAUACAUAAUAAAUUUCUAUCUGCUGUGUUCCAACAAAACCAAAAAGAAGAAGAUGGUAGCUCCAAAUCAACUCACAGGUUGUACCAGGAUGUUCCUGCUGAGUUCUGUUGCUCAGUUUGCCAAGUUGGAUUUCACAGGAUGUAUUCUCCAUCAAAAGAACAAAAAUACGGAGCUGGCAUCUACUUUACAAAGAACCUGAGGAACCUGACCAAGGGUAAAGCUGCACGGGAAAUGGGUUCUAAAAUGUAUGUGUUUGAGGCUGCUGUAGUAACUGGCUCCUACACUACAGGCAGCCCAUCUUGUAUUAUGCCACCAGUAAGGGACAGGAAUGCCUUUACAUUGUAUGACAGUUUAGUAGAUAAUAAGUUCAAUCCUGAGAUCUUUGUCAUUUUCAAUGGUUUUGCAGCCCUUCCACUGUAUUUGCUGACUUGUUCCCCAGUGACUGAGAGGUAUGUAGCUCCUGGAGGAAACAAGCAGGAUCCUCACUGGGAAUAAAGCAGAACUGUAGCUAUAGUGAAGACCCUCUGAGAGCAAAGUCUAGUGCUUAGAUUUAAGAGGAUGCUCUGCUUAGUAGUGUGCUAUGGUCAGGGUGCUUCCUGAAAAGCACUCUGAAAUACUAAUGAACAUAAGAGUAAGUUAAUAACUGACGGAGAUAAGGACAAAAUUACCUUUGAAUGGAGGCAGAAGGGAAAGCAUCCCAAAAUAAAAUGUAACAUUUAACAUUAACAUUUAACAUACCUGCUCAUUUACUUUAUUCCUUAAAGUGAUCUCAGCUUGUGACUAUAUGCUUGAUGUUUGUGUAGGCUGUCAUUCUUCCACGGUAUUUACUUAAUCUGAGAUAGUGCAGAUGUCAGGGAAACACAAAUCUUGGUUGUGCCUUUUGAGUCUUAAGUUUUCUUUUGACUUGAGAUAGGAGAAUGUAGUACAUGAGAGCUGUUUUCUGUUUAGAGACAUGCUAUUAAAUACAGUUUUGACAAACCCAAGACAAUACUUCAUUAUUUCUUACAGUGGUUGCUGUAGUUUUAUUAGUUACUUCAAGCAUUGUAGAUACACAUAUUCAAAAUAAAAAGUAUGAAUGUCA